GGUGGAAGUGAGUCAGGAGCGGCUGAUGAGUUCAGAGCAGAGCCGAGAGCCGCCGCUGCUGCAGGAGGAGGCUGACCCGGGACCGAAGACCGGUGCGAAGGACGCGGCUCCGCUGCGGAGCGAGGCGGGCUCCGGCGGCAUGGUCACCUCUAAAGGCACUGGUCUGAAUCCAAAUGCCAAGGUGUGGCAAGAGAUGCCUGUGGCCCCAAGUGAGACUGUCAGUAACAGCCCGCACUGGUCUCCCUCAGACAUAAGUGACGGUUACUCUGACCCAACUUCUGCCGAGUGUAAGACGUACACUGUUGGAUUUGCAGAGCUCAGUGAUGGUGGCUCCACGGCAACAGCUGAGAUAGCAGUCAAUGGAAUGGACACUCCAGAGCUGGGCCUUUCCCCCGCUGAGCCCAGCACUGGGACCCCAGAUUCCAAAACGGAGGAACCGUUAUCAACAGAGAAUCUUCGGGAGUCACUGAAAAAAGAGCUUGAGUUUUAUUUUUCUCGAGAAAACUUGUCGAAAGAUUUGUACCUGAUGUCUCAAAUGGAUAGUGACCAGUUUGUUCCUAUCUGGACUAUUGCCAGUAUGGAGGGAAUCAAGGUCCUCACUACAGAUAUGGAUCUCAUUUUAGAUGUUUUGAGAUCUUCCCCAAUGGUACAAGUCGAUGACAAGGGGGAAAAAGUGCGGCCCAAUCACAAAAGAUGCAUUAUCAUUCUAAGAGAGGUUCCUGAAACUACACCUGUAGAGGAAGUAGAAUCUCUGUUCAAGAAUGAGAACUGUCCAAAGGUGAUAAGUGUGGAGUUUGCACACAACAAUAACUGGUACAUAACAUUCCAAUCAGACACUGAUGCGCAACAGGCUUACAAAUAUUUGAGAGAAGAAGUUAAAACAUUUCAGGGAAAACCCAUUAUGGCCAGGAUAAAGGCCAUUAACACCUUCUUUGCAAAGAAUGGCUACCGUAGCGUAGACAACAGCCUGUACGCCCAGCAGCCGCAGAGCCAAUCUCAAUUCAACACUCCACUCUACAUGCAGCACGUCUAUCCUCAGCAGCAGUACCCAGUGGCAUAUGGCAUUGUACCACCCACUUGGACGGCGUCACCCACACCUUACUUUGAAACUCCUUUGGCACCUUUUCCCAACAGCACCUUUGUAAAUGGGUUUGGUUCAGGAGGCCAUUACAAAACCAGUUCCAGCUCCCUCAUCACACGCCCUUUCAACAGAAAUCGUGUCCCCCUCUAUUCAAGAAAGAAUGUAAUAAAUGCUUUCAGAAACCACGUGAAGCCCCAGAUGAGACCCAACGAUGUAACACCCUCCGUUACACCUGUCCCUCUGGAGUCUCUCACUGGACUGCGCAGCCCACAGUCCCAGACCCCUGUGUCAGCCGCCAACUCCACACCCAUCCCCACACCCACUGACCUGAGCGCAGCAUUCUCACUCUCCUCGUCCUCUUCCUCCCUGGACCCCAGUGAAGAUGGCAGCAUUGCUGGACGUGGGAGACGUGGGAACACCUACAGAGGAACACGGAGAAGAAGAGAUGAUGAGCGAACUGCGAGACCUGUGCCAUUAGCAGAGGUUAAGGUUUCACCACCCAAGUUUGACUUGGCUGCCUCUAACUUCCCCCCUCUGCCUGGUUGUGUGGUAAGCACGCAGGGGGAACCUGUGCUUGAAAAUCGCAUGGCAGAUGUUGUACGCGGUUUAUACAGGGAUAAGACUGAACAGGUCAUUAAAGAAACCACUGUGAGUACAAGUUUAGCCCAACCCACAGUCGCAGAGGAGACUCGGACUGUUUCGAAUCCAAGCUUCAUUACUGCAAAACCUUUGACACAACCACUUGGAUCCAUAGCUUCUGGUGCCCCUCGUCAAGAGAAGAAGGUUGAAAGAGUUGAGAUCCCGCCUCCAAAAGCGAUCCCCCGAGCCCCAGUCACCCCAGUCAACAGCGCCUCCACACAGUCAGUGCCUGCCAGGCCCCAGCCCUCCGUAGUGUCUGCCCCCACAGCACAGAAGGCGCCGGCCACUGCUACAGCCACUAUUCCCACACCUACACAGGAGCCCCGCAAGCUAAGUUAUGCUGAAGUUUGUCAGCGCCCCCCUAAGGACCCUCCUCCUGCCUCUGCUCCAGCCCCCUCUGGCUCAUCCACAGGGCAGCCUCUACGUGAGCUGCGGGUCAACAAAUCUGAGGAGGGCUCCAACAGUGGCUCUGCAGACAAACAGGAGAAAGGCCAUGACAGGGAGGGUGGCUGGGAGUGCAAGGAGACCCGUUCAACCCGGGACCGGGACUCACAGGGCCACUACCGCAGCAACGGUCCCAGAGGAUCCGGGGGGCUCAAGUUUAGGGAUCAGAGGCGUGCCCCUCAAGCUCGACGCAGCUCCCCGCAGGGAAACUACAGGCACACUGGCAAAGAGCAGAAUAUCCCCCCAGUAUCGCCAAAGUAAAGACUUGAGCUGAAUACAAAAAAGAUGUAUGAAUAUAUACAUGGAUAUAUAUAAAUAUAUAAAAAUGAAUAACAUAAAAGCAACAACAUGGUAGCCACCUUCCACCUGGAACUUGUCCAAAGAAACACUUAAGAUGGAGUUUGGGACAUCCAGGACUAAUGGGCUGAAUGACAUUUGAAGGACUUAAAGAUUUGAAAAGGAAACCAAUUUCUCCUGCUAUACUUAAAACAAUUUAAGUGGGAUUUUGAAAACUGGAGAUUAUAUCAUUUAUGCUCUGCUGUGAUGAGGUGGGAUCCUGGGCCACGUAUAGGUGGCCCUCUACCAUUGAUUUUAAAAGAAUAGAUGUUGGUUUGCAACAAACAUAUGCACUAAGAAGAAAAGAACAUGCAUAUAUGCCAUGUACAUAAUACAAAGAAAUCACUAACACGCAAAGAGACAUCAGUUUUCUUUUUUUCUUGUGUGCUUAGAUUUGCAAGUAUGACUGAACUCAAGGGUUGGCUGAUGUCUGUUAAGCAAACUGAUUGAAAUGCCACAGUGGGCUUUUGCACUGCAAUGAUAUGGAUCAUUUUUGAUUUUUACAUCAGAAAUUCAUAGACUGUCGUGAGCCUGGACACUAUGGUAUUCUUAUGAAUAUUAAUGACAUGUGAUGAUUGGUGGUAUUUAAUCCUGGUUCAUGAUUUGGCUUAAUAUCAUUUUUAUGCCACAGUCUGAUGAAUCCACUUUUGGGGUACUUGCUGGCCCGUCAGCCAAGUGAACUUGCUCGGCCUGGUCCAAGUUUUCAUGUUCAGUUUCUGUCUACCCUCUCUGAAUUCAGAGCAUUGUCUUGUUAAUUGGUCAGGUUCUCUGUUUACAUGUUUGUUUGGGUGGUAGGACAAUGUUUCCUAAGUGAAAUAUAGGUUAAUUGUAAGAUGUGACUGUUCUGUGAGAUUUGGCUCUUCAUUGACACAGGAUAUUCAGGUUAUGCUAAUAUCUGUGAAGUCUCAUCAAAGGUAUAGUGUCAAAGACAAUAGGCUGAUGUGUGCUGAUAACUAAGAGUGAUGGCUACAUUAUAAAGGGCAGAAAUGUAAUGGGUAUAAAGCAAUUUGGAAAUCAUUUUCACGUGCUAUGUGCCACCUGCCUGCUAUCAUAGUGUGAUAGGUUUUGAUUUUAUUAUUUUGGACACAGACUACAAAGCAAGUGUAGUCUUUGAGACUUUUUAGCCCAGUGAAACUGGAUUUGAAGAAACUGUAGAGGUGUAGUUGCCUUUGCUAUAUAAUAACCAUUCACUUUAGAGGUGUAUGGAAGAAUGUAAUUGUACUAGUGCUGAAUUUGCAGAGGGAGGCAUCCGCCAGAUUCUUGUGCUUUUUAGGGUGAAUUUGCUGUUUUUAAUUUCUUUAUUUUGAAAACCGAUUGACUUAGAAGUUUGACGCGAUGUAUGUAUUGCUUUUUAAUUUUAUUUAUUAAUUCUGAUGCGCAACGCUUUUCUCCCAAUCUUGGUAGGCUGGUUUCCCCAAAGUUGUGUGAAAUCGCAUUGGCUAAAUAAAAUCCACGCAUAUGAUACUGUUUGACAUUUAAGCUGCAAAUAUACUUGAUGCAUUGAACUUGGGUGUAGAAAUGCAGUAAGGAGUAUGAAUCACUGGCCUCUUAUUUUUCAUUAAUGAGUAUGAGCAGCUGCCAGCUAGUGGUCUAGUCUAAUUAAAUGCACUAACUUGUUUUAAAAGAAACUUACUCAUGAGUAAUGUGAAAUCAUAUUAGAACAAUGGUUAAUGACGACAGGCUUGCAAAUAUAGUACAGGAAUUACUUUUCCCCUCCAUGUUUGGGUUAUUUUCUUUGAAUUUGGGGUUGGAGUGGCAAAAAUAAAUAUAUAGUAAUGGAUCAACAGUGUUUGAGACACAAUCCGAGAACUGUAUGAAAUGUCACCAAAAAUAAAUUAUUUUGAUUUGGC